CUGGUUUCUCUUUGCUGAUUGGCUGCAUUUGAAUGGCUCGAAGAUUCGAAGCAUGAUGUAAACAUGACGGAGCCGUCGGGGGAGAGUAAACUAAAUAUGAAUGACAGCGUUGACUUUGAACCAACGAUUCAAGAUCUGCUGGCGACAUCUACACCAAAGCGAACAGAUUCAACAGAUAGGCGAUCAAGUCGACGGUCAUGGUUUGAAAAAUCCUCGAGUAUAAAUUACAGUAUUGCUGUGGAAAGUAAUCAAAAACAUGUCACUAGAAAUAGACAUAGUGACGUGGAAAUGGAAACUCUUAUUCUUACCCAUUUCACAAACCCUCCAAGAAUUGGGUUUGGAACGUGCAAAGUCGGAAUUACAAAACACCGAACAUUGAUAAUCAAAAACCCCCAUGAGUAUGCACAAAAUGUAAAGGUAGAACGUUAUCCAUACAAAAAGAACUUUUUUGUUCAUUCAACUGAAUUUUCUGUUGAUGGAGAGAGUAUAUAUCAUCUAGACAUCUCAUGGAGUCCAGAGAAUGAAGGCAACGUUCGUGAGAUGAUACAGUUUUCUGUUGACAAUGCAUACAGACUUCAAGCAUUUGUGUUCGGAAGCUGCCAAAACCCACAAAAAAAGAAAAAAAUGCAAGGAAGUGGUCUCUUAGGACGAAAAGUAAAAAGACCUUUGUCUGUGGUAUACACACAGAGUCUAGCAAACAUUGCCAAGUCUUAUAGUCCUGAGAAAUCAAAGAAACUCCCAAACAGUGGAAAAAGCUGUACUAAAGAUGAGGGAAACAAAAUGAAAACUUCAAAUAAACUUCCUGUCAAUAGUGAAUUGAAGCCGAAAGAAAAAAAUCAUCGUAGAUCAAACACUUACAAUUCAGCAGACCUACAAGUAGAGAAUGGAGCGCUGGAAAUGUCUCAGGAAGGUACUUCAUUGUGGAAAGAGAAAGAAAAUGAUGAGAACAAAGAAAAUGAAACUACGGAGGGUAACAGCACUCACGAUAAUGACAGGACUAGUGGUAAUGACAGCACUAUCGGUAAAGUUGAUGAGUUUGAUGAGCAUCAAUGCACUUUAACUAAACAAGCUAACACUGAUGUUAUCUGCCCAGACACUUUCAAUGUGCAAGCAAAUGGUCAUGGGGAGAACCUCAAUGACACUGCCUCAUCUGUACCAGUGGGAAUAGCAUCCAAGAUGCAUAUUAGUCCAAACACAUUUUUAAGAGAUAUGAAUGAAACUGUAGAAAAUAUUUCAGUACACAUAGAUCAGAGCAAUGCCUGUAGUCCCGAGAAUGUACUAAAUGAAUCAGUACCCCAUGAUAUAAUGCUCUGCCAACUGGAGUUUGUGAAGUCGAAGCUAAAAUUGAAAACAUCUGACAGCAGAAGUGAAAAAGUUAUAAGUCGAAAUGAAUCAUCAAACAUGUCUAUGUCAGAAUCAACUGAUGUGAGAAGAAUAACAUUUGUGACUUCAGACAAAGCUAACAAUCUCUUUAGUGUUGUUCCGGAAGGUAGCAGUCCUCGUAGGACCACAUACACAGUCAGAAGGAAACAUUUACCUCAUAAAACUGUCACCAAGUCAUCACCAAAGAGAAGAAGAGACAAAGAAGAGAGGAUAGGGAAGCAAGAAAUGAUGGAUAACAGACAGGCCCAAAAAAGGAGAGCUAAUGGAAGUUUUACCCCGAGAGCAUUCCAAAAAAAUAACAGCAAAAGUUUUUUAAACCCUACUAAGUAUUCUGGAAAGAGCACUAUGGUUUUACAAACUCCAGAGAGGAUGGCAAAGAAUUACAUACCAAGUAGUAUUUGUUUGACACCAGAUAUUCUGGAAGAAUCCAGGAGUAAGAAAAGCAUGUUAUCUGAAAAAGACCCAAUAAACUGGGAACUUCUAACACCAGAGAGGAUUCUGUUAGAAGAAAACAAGACAGGAAGUAAUCCUAAGACUCCAUUGUCCCAUCAUUACCAUAAUCUUGUGUUACCAACACCAGAGCAAAAUCUCCAGAAGCUGGGUCCACUAGAGUCACGUAUGGAGAGGAAAAGUUUCAGACAGACUUUCUCUCAUGAAAGUAGGACCAUUACAGGAUCUCCCUCUCAUUUACCAGAAAGUCCUCUUCUCAAUGACAUAACACACAUGACAUCAACAACAGUCACCAAAGAAAAACCAUUUGUAUUAACAGCCUCUACUGACAUGACUGAGAGAAAGCCAUUUGUAUUAACAGCCUCUACUGACAUGACUGAGAGAAAGCCAUUUGUAUUAACACCCUCUACUGACAUGACUGAGAGAAAGCCAUUUACUUCCCUGUUUUCACCACCAAGACAAAAGAAUGAAACAGGGUCAGAUUCUUCUCUGAUUGAAUGUUCAGAAGGAAGUUUUACCUGCACUCCACUUCCGAAUAGCCCUGAUCCUGAUCUGUCCAGACGAUCCACUCAUGUUAUUGAAAAGCCCAGAAUAAUUCACUCCAAUCACAUAGAGAGAAAAAGGCUGUUCUUGCCACUUGAUGAUGAAGAAAUGGAGAAUAAAGAGAACAUCCCAGUGGUUCUUGAAAGUGGGGAACCCUGCAUGGAUGAUAAGAUCUAUGAAAGAUCAGAGUCCAGAGAAACAGGGUUGCCUGCCAAGAUGAAAUGCGAAAAUGUUGAUGUAGCAGAAGACGACUGUACUACGUCUGGUGCAGAGGUUACAUGUUCUCAGCAUGAUAUUGUGACUGUUCAGUCCUCAAAAUCAACAACUCAUUCUGAAAAGCAUGUCAAUGAAAAUUUGUUAGAAUCAUUAGAGAUAAAAGAUAUAACAUCAACAAUCAAGAAUGGCAAGAUUUGCUCAAAUGAAGGCCACCCAUCUAAACCCAAUGAUGAGAAAAUUCCACACAAAUUGAUCGCUGAUAACAGUGGUAUUUCUCAUGUUGGAUUUAUACAACAGAAACAGCCAACAUUAAAGGAAGGGAAAGUCAGGAAAAUGAAUACAGCUCUUGAUGUCUCAGAAAACACAAAUGAGACAUCAACUACUACUAAAACCCUAAAGUCCACCAGAGGGCAGGUGAUUUUAAAGCGUAAGGCAGACGAAGCUGGUAUUCAACAGCAAAAGACCAUAGUUCAGAGAAACACUGUGAAGCCCAGAACCAUUGGAAUCGCAAAGUCAAAGCUUAUGUUGCUGAAAAAGUCAAAAACAGCUCUGCCAAAACAUCCCAUACCAUUUGCAUCCAAAAAUAUUUACUAUGAUGAAAGAUGGAUGGAAAAGCAGGAACGUGGAUUCACUCAGUGGUUGAAUUUUAUCCUGACACCAUUAGAGGAUGAUGGAAGCAGCACCAAAUCAAAGGUUGAUGCUGCCAAACUAUGCUUGAAUAAAAUGGGACCCCACAAAUUGGCACCAACAAAAGAAGCAUUAUCUUUCAAAGAGUACUCAGCCAGUCGUAAAUUAAACGGUCUUCGACGGGCAGCCUGUAAGCUGUUCCAGUCUGCUGAGGUAGUUACAGUGGUUCAGAAAGUGGAGGUAGAGGUGGAGAGUCAGCGUCUGAUGAUUAGGAAAGACCGCAAAGUUCAUGCUGAUCUAGGUUUGAAGCAGUCUAUUUUGGAUUUACUGUUGUCUUUUAAUCCUUUGUGGCUGAGAAUAGGAUUAGAGACUGUGUUUGGGGAGAUAAUCUGUAUCCAGAGCAACAGUGAUGUGAUUGGUCUGUCUCAUUUCAUUGUCACCAGACUUCUGGGAAAUCCUGAUAUAGCCUUUCAGUAUGCUCAUCAAUCGGUUCCACAUCUUUACACAGAAGGUUACUCAGAGGCCAUAGGUCAGCAUCUUCUGAAAAAGUUUCUGCUGGUGGUGUACUUCCUUGAUUAUGCUAAAUGUUGGCACUUGAUCAAGCAUGACCCCUGUCUGUUCUGUAGAGACUCGGAGUAUAAGUCCUGCAAAGCCUUGAUGCUGGAGUUUUCUCGUCAGUUCCUGUCUGGUGAGGGGGAUAUCAACAGACAUCUUGGUUACCUAGGAUACAGAAUGAAUCACACACAAACAGCUCUGGAUGAAUUUGAUUACGCCGUUCAGAACUUGUCUACUGAUUUAAAAGAUGGACUGAGACUAAUACGAAUCCUUGACUUAUUGGAGGAGAAAGUGUCAUUAAAGAGGAAACUUCGUGUACCAGCAAUCAGUCGUCUCCAGAAAAUCCACAACAUGGAAGUGGCUUUUACCAUUUUGAAUGACAUUGGAAUUGACAUGAAGAAAGAUGUAAAGAAGAUCACUUGUAGAGAUAUUGUUGAUGGUCACAGGGAGAAGACUCUACAUUUGUUGUGGACAAUUAUUUUGAAAUACCAGAUUGGUAUGCUGUUGAAUGAAAAUCAACUGAAGGAUGAGAUUUCUGUUCUGGAAAGGUCCUUACAUGUGCGCAAUCAAUUGCAAGAUCUUAAAAAUUACGAAUUGGGCCUGGAACAGAAUAGAAGGGAUUCCGGCUGUGAUGAUCUUUACUCAAGCAAUGAACUUGUUGCCCUUCUUUUGAAAUGGAGCAAAGUUGUGUGUCUGUUUUAUGGUCUGAAGGUGGAAAAUUUCACUGUAUCAUUUGGAGAUGGACGUGCGUUUUGUUUCCUCGUACACCACUAUCACCCCAGCCUGCUUCCUUACAAUCUGAUCAGCACUAGGACAACCAUGUCCUAUUUAGAGGAGAUGACACAUCAGCCGCUGGACUGCAGCCUGUCAGACAGCCCUGCCCCAGUUUCAGUUUCAGCUGACCAAGAUGUAUACAAAGAUCUCCUAAAGAAUGAAAGAGAAAAUUUCAAAGUUCUUCACCACAAGGUAUCGCAGCUUGGAGGUGUCCCCAUGAUGAUCAGAGCUACUGACAUGUGCAACACCAUUCCUGAUGAAAAAGUAGUUCUGACAUAUGUCAGCUAUUUGUGUGCUCGCCUUUUGGACAUCCGAGAGGAAGCUCGUGCAGCCCGGACAAUACAAAUAGCUUGGCGCAGACACUACCUUCAUAAAGCAAAAGGAAAAAUCAAGAUCAGAGAAAGAGCAGCCAUCAAAAUCCAGAGGUUUGUGAGAGGUUAUCUACAGAAAAUGCAUAAGAGAAAACAAGAAAUCAGUGCAAUUUGUAUCCAGAAGUAUACCAGAGGAUAUCUUGCAAGGAAAAAAGCCCAAUGUUUGUUGGAGGAAAAGCAACUGAGAGCUGCUAAAAUACUGAAGAAUUGCCUACUGGCUCACAUGGAGAGAAAGAGAUUUGUUAGGAUGAAAACAAGUGCAGUCAAGAUCCAGAGUACGGUCAGAAGAUUUCUUGUGACCAAACAAAUGGCCAGAGAAAAGGCUGCUGCAAGAGUGAUACAGAACUCGUACCUAACAUGGAAGGAAAGUAAAUCAUUAAGAGAAGAAUUUCUGCAUAAGAAACAAUGCAUAAUUACAAUUCAGAGAGCUGUCAGAAAAUUUACUCAAUCUAGAAAGGCAAUGAAAGAAAAGACUGCAGUUGUUCUUCAGAAAACUUGGAGAGGUUACUGCGUGCGGAAGUGGUACAAAAAGAUUCAGUCUAGUGCUAUCGUGAUUCAGAGAGUGGUGCGGACAUGGAAACAGAGGAGAGAAUGUGCAAGGAGAAAAGAAGCAGCGAUAUUACUACAACAGAAAUACAGAGCUCACCUAUCAACCAAGAGAUGUAGAGCUACAUUUAUUGGGAUCAAGUCCUCUUGUAUAGUGAUUCAGCAGGCUUGGAGAAAGUAUAUGAAGAAAUGUAAUCAUGCUGCAGUUACCCUUCAAUCUCACUGGAGAUGUUUUACAGCUCAGAGAAAAUACAGAAUUGUUCGAAAAGCAGUGAUUACUUUACAGUCUCUAUUUAGAGCUUUUUCUGCUAGGAAACAGUACUUAAGCAAAAGAAAAGCAGCAGUUAAGAUUCAAAAAAGGAUUAAAGAAAUUCUUGAGGGAAAACAAAAGAGAAAAGAAUUCCUUGCUCUAAAAGCAGCAGCAACAACUAUACAGGCAGCCUUCAGAGUGUAUCAAGACAGAAAGGAGUUUCUGAGGAAACUGUAUGCAACUGUGGUACUUCAAACAGCUUUUCGCAAGUAUGUUGCAAGAAAGAAAUUCAAACAAACAAAAAGGGACAUAAUCAAAAUUCAAAGAAAGUUGCGAGCAACAUGGCAAAUGAGACGGGAAUUAAAGCAAUUUCAAGAUAUAAAGCAAGCAGUAUUAACAAUUCAGUCUCACUUUAGAGGACACAAAGUCAGAAAAGCUGUUGGCAUCAUCCAACAAAGAGAGGCAGCAGCCAAGAUCAUUCAGAAAACAUUCAGAUGUUAUUGCAGUAGAAAGAGGUAUUUGAAACAGAAAUGUAGUGCUGUGAUAAUCCAGAGAGCAUACAGAUCAUGGAAAUCCAGAAGAGAAAUGAAGCAUAAGUCUCAAGCUGCCAUCAUCAUACAAAGAGUGUACCGAGCCCUUAUAUUCAUGAGACUAGACAGGAGAGCAUUCUUACAAUUGAGAUCUGCUUGUUGCACUAUUCAGCAAACAUGGAGGAUGAAAAUGUUAAGAAGAAAUCAGGCAGCAGUGACAAUACAGUCACAGUGGAAGGCUUAUGCUGCUGAAAAGCGAUUUAGAGAUGCUCGGAAACAUGUCAUUUCUCUUCAGGCAUUUUAUAGAAUGUGGAAGACAAGAAAGAAUUAUGUUCUGAAAAAGAAAGCAUCUGUCACCAUUCAACAGAGAUACAGAGAGUACAGGAAAGGAAAAGCACAAAGGAAGCACUUUCUUAUCACCAAGAGAGCAGCACUAACUAUUCAGGCAUUAUAUAGGCGUCAUAAAACCAGGAAACAGUUCAGAAAGUUGAGGCAUUCAGUCAUAUUAAUCCAGGCUAUGUUCAAGGGUUUUCAAGUCAGAAAGGAGUAUCUGGCCAAGAAAAAAGCAACCCUAGCAAUACAGAGAAGAUUCAGAGAAAUAUUAGAAGGAAGGAAACAGAGAUGUCAUUUUCUUCUACAAAAAGGGGCUGCUAUAACAAUACAAGCAAAUUUCAAGGCAUAUCUAGCAAGGCAGCAAUUCCAAAAGGUGCACCAUGCUGUGAUCCGACUUCAGGCUACAGUACGCUCUUACGUACAGAAGAAAACAUACCAGAACAUUCGAGGAAAAACUUGUAAAAUCCAGAGUAAGUGGAGGGGGACCCUAGCCAUGAGAGGUGCAAGGCGUCACUAUUUAAUAAUGAAGGGAGCAGCAAUUACUGUUCAAGCAUUUUACAGAAAAUAUCAAGCACAAAAGAGAUUCAGACAGAUGCAGGCAUCUACCAUUAAACUUCAGUCUUUGGUACGUAGUUAUUUGGUGCGCAAAAAAUUCAUGAAAUCAAAGCAAUCAGCAUGCAUCAUACAAAGACAAUUUAGAACUUACCUUGAAAUGAGGCAGACACGUCAUAACUACCUUCUCCAAAAAGGAGCUGCUCUCACCAUCCAAGCUUGCUUUAGAGGAUACUUGGUGCACCAGGAGUACAGAAAGACCAGGUCUGCAAUUGUCAGGUUACAGUCAACUGUCAGAAAGUUCAUCUGUCGUAGAAAUUAUGUAAGAUAUAGACAAACUGUUCUUGAAGUCCAAAGACAAUUUCGUCGAAAAAUGUAUGCUGUUAAAGUCCGAAAGGAGUUCUUGAUAACCAAAGGUGCAGCCAUUACCAUUCAAGACCAUUAUAGACGACAUCUUCAGCAGAAAGAGUACAAAUUUCGGAAGGUAGCAAUAGUGAAAUUACAGUCAUUCAUACGUAUGAAAGUACAGAGAACAUCAUUUCUAGCCAAGAAAACAGCUGUCAAUAAAAUACAAAAAUGGUUUAGAAGUGAAUUACAAAGAAGGAGAGCUGAAGAGGAAUACCAGAUGAAAAAGAGAUCAAUUGUUGUUUUGCAAAGUGCUUUCAGGGGCUACAAAGCAAGAAAAUUGGCAAAAAGUAGAAAAAGAUCAAUCAUCCAAAUACAAGCUGUAGUCAGGAGGUUUCUCAUGUUGAAACAGUUUUGGACUUUGAAGAAAUGUACUGUGUUUUGCCAGAGGCAGUACAGAGCAAAGUUACAGGAAAGACUGGUUCAUCAGAAGUUUUUGGCCCUACAUAAAGCAGCAGUGACAAUACAAGCAUGGUAUAGGGGAAGACAAGUUAGAAUGUGGAGGACAAGGCAAGAAGAAUGUGCCCAGAAAAUCCAGUCUUGGUACAGAGGCAGAAAACAGCAGAAGUCAUACACAGAACUGAGAAAGGCAGUCCUUGUGUGUCAGCGAGCAUACAGAAGUAACAGGCUAUCCAAGUCUGAGCAAAGGAAGUUCUUGAUUAUGAAAAGAUCAGUGAUAAGAAUUCAGGCAUUCUACAGAGGUCACAAAGUUAAAAGUGUAUACCAACGAAUGAUGCAGGCCACACUACAGAUCCAGUCAACAUGCAGAGAUUUUCUUACAAGAAAGAGGAAGAGGAGACGCCACAAGGCAGCAACUGUCAUACAGAAAGCUUUCAGGGCCCACAUGUACAUCAAACUUGUCAAGCAACAGGAGGCAGAAAGAUUAUCAUACUUGUCACGGUUUGCCCGGGCCAUGAAGCUCCAUAUGGCAGCCACAGUCAUACAGAGGCGGUUCAGGAAAUACGUGUCCCUGUGUCGAGCCCAAGAGCAGCUCCACAGUGUCCUCAUUAUACAGAACUGGAUUAGAGGGAGAAUAUGUCGCAUUAAGUUCCUGAAACUGAAGAGGUCUGUGUUAGUCAUUGAGACCGCAGCACUACAGUGGUUAGACAUCAGACAUGAAAAACAGAGGCAGCGAGCAGCCACGACUAUACAGGCUAUUUGGAGAGGACGGCAACUGAGAUUGAAGAACAAAUGUAAGAAGAUUGAGGUGGUGCGUAAACGUAUCAUGGAGGCUCAUAGGACUGCCACUGAAGACAAGAAGCUGGGAAACAGGACAGAGUCAGCCCUAGAUUAUCUCCUUAAGUACAAGCAGCUGUCUCAUUUACUGGAAGCUCUGGUUCAUCUAGAUGUUGCAACACGCCUGUCCCCAGCCUGCUGUGAGAGACUGGUGGAAGUGAGCGCUGUAUCAGUGUUUUAUACACUCAUCAGCAGCUGUAACAGAAGUCAACCUCACAUGGAGAUCAUUAAAUUGGCUGUCACCAUUCUACUGAAUCUGGCCAAGUAUGAUAAGACUCUGCCCUCCGUGUUUAUGGACGGAGCACUGGAUAUUUUGCUGGACCUGAUGCAGAUUUACAGAGAGAAGGGCGUCAUCUUUAAUAGAACUUGUACCCUGGUGGGAAUUUUGGCCAGAAAUGACAUUCGUAGAAUGGCAAUGAUUUCCCAGCCUCGAGUGAUAGAGCGAAUUCAGAGUCUGCAUAACUUGACAGCAAGAAAAUACAAACUCCAAGAGAACCAGCAUAUCCAACAAGCUAAACUGAAUGCCUCAAAAAUCAUGAACUUCACACUCCCUAUCAGGAAUACCCCACGUAAACCUCACAAGAUCAGACCAGAAUGGGUCCUACACCGAGAUUCUAGACAUAACAUUGACAAUCCAAUGCAGGCCAUGAACUUUGUGAUGGACAGCCUGCACAUCAGACCUAAAUGAUACACUGCAUGAUCACAAAUUGUGUACUAGGUUCUUUCUGGGUACUUGCAAUGGGGAUUACAUGUAUAAGGUGUAAAUUAUCUUUUAAUGCAUAUUGUUACAUGGAUAAUUUUAAACAGGUGGUGUUUUACUUUUACCUUGUGGACUGAAUUAUGCAAGUAAAAAUUAAUUUGAAAUUGAAAUGAGAAAUUUGUCACUCCUGUUUUUGAUACAAUGAUUCUUAUUUAAAAUCUUUAUGUAUCACCUCUUAGAUUUUUAAGGUGGAUCGAUCCUCAUCUGACUUAGCAAUAUUUAUGGUUAAAAGUAGAAAAACUGUAUUGAUUUCAACUCAAUAUAGUUAGAUUUAAUUGAUAACCAAAGAAAAUGUGUAUGUUGCCACAUAUUUAAAGACGUCAGACAUACAAAAACAGAAUCAUAAGUUAACGUCAGAAAAUCACACAUUUUCAUAAUACAGAAUAAUUAAAAUGGGUAAAAAUUUGUUGAAAUGACAAAUUUUAAAUGUCAGCAGUUUAAAAAACUGCCAAUUCAUAAAUAUGUAUAAAUUAAUUGUGGAUAUUGAGGGAAUCAUGUAUAACAGACAUGCAGUAGAAGAGAUACCAGCAUAGGAGUUAUUGCAGGAGUUAUAGCCCUUGACAACAUUUUUAAAAUUAUGAAAAAUUGAUUAUCUAUGAAAAAUAUAAAAUCUUUCAGUAUCAAUAGUUUACCAGAUUUUUUAUUUUAUUCAGUGAAUAAAAUUCCUCUGAAAGAUAUAUUUCUAUCAUGCACAAAGUUUAAUUUAAUAAAGAUUUUUGCAAAAAACCUAUGCCUUCACAUGAGGAUUGAUCAACCUUAAUUAAUAUUUAUCAUGGAUGUGUCAUUUGGUCACACUUCAAAGUAUCUUAUUUUUCUGCAGUACAUGUAAAACAAUGGAAUGACCCCAUAGAUAUGCUAUUUCUAUAUGAUGAUACAUGCAUUGUUAUUCAACUGUAUGAUGUUUUAUGGUUUAGAUUUGUUGGGUUCCAAGUUUAGGCCCCAGUGCCAUUUUUCACAAAAUAUCUUACGACUAAGAUCAACGUUUAGAAACUGUCAUUAAAUUGAUCAUACUAAGAAAGAAAGCUGUUGUCUUUGUCAUAACAUUUUUCGUGAAAAGGGCCACAGGCUCUGAACUGCAUAUAAAACUGAAGUGAGCUUGUUCUGUGUCAGACUGUGAAAUGGAGGUCUUAGAUUUCACUGUCUAUUUUUGUUAGAAAAACUGAAACGGAGAUUGGGUUGAGCUCAUUGCAGUUUGGAGCAUGACCAUAGUUACUAGUAAAGCAAUGUUCAAAAUCUCAGUACUAUUUUAUGUUCUUUUGAACAUGUUUUUUCACUCUGACAUUGUGUGUUAAUUUAGAACACUCUGGUGUAUACUUAACGUCUGAAAUGUGAUUAGUUAGUGAACUUCUAAGACUUUUUUCUGAUUUUCUGAUUUCUUUUUUUUUAUGGAGUACCUGUGCAUACAGAUGAAAUUUUACAGAUAGCCUAUGAGGCAAUGAAUGAUAGUCAAAUAAAGUAUUAUAUAUAUUUAUCACAAUAUACAAGUACAUUUUCAUGUGUCAUGGUCAUUUUGGUAUUUUCUGGUGACUCAAGCGAGUGUUGUAACCCAUGGGCCUCUUGGUUUUUUUUCCCCUGUUCAUUCAAACUAUGUUAACCUAGCAUCUUUUAUUUGCUUGUCUGCAAAAUGCUCUUUUUCAAAACUAGCAUUUAUUGUUUAUGGCAUGUAAAUGAUAAGCAGGAUUUUUUUUAAGUCUGCAAGUUUUAAUCAUGUAUUCCAUAAUUUGAUUUUGCCUCUAUUAAGUAGAACAUAGCAAUCUAAUAAAAAUUGCCCGUUUUUGGUUGCUGUUAACUAUGCAAUGGCGAAGUACGUCAGAAAUGGAACUCGAACAGAUAAUUUAAUUAUGUAUGCUGAAUGUAUGCUGUUGAUUGUCGCUGCUAAAUUCUCAGUCUAAAUGUAAAUCAUAAAGAGGCAAAUAUUCUCUUUUACAUGGAGAUGUGAAAAUGAAUAAAAUCUUUUUUAUUUUUUAAUCCAAGAA